AUGCAUGUACUUGAGCAGACUUCUUGCGCUAUCUGUCCGAUCAUGGCUGAAGGUGUUGGUAUUGGUAUCGAAGAACGAGCCGUUGGGCCCAUCGAGGGUUCUUCCGACACAUGGUCUCAGUACACCGCGCGAAGCUCGGUCCUCGAUGAGGUAGACGCUGCCCGGCGGGCGCAGGUCGCCUACAACGAAACGUGGGACAUAGUCCACCUUGAAGCCGCCAUCACAUCAUUUCAACGGGCCACAGACGCAACACUUGAACCUGACGCAUAUCUACUUGGCGAGCUAGGUCACUGUUUUCAGUUGUCAUAUAUGACUCGAGGUGAACUUGACCAACUUCAACGGGCCAUUGCGAUGCAGCAAAGGGCCCUUCAGCUUGCUCCACCAGAUGACUUCACUGAAAGAGCCUUGCGAAUGCACAACCUUAGCAUUUCAUUGCAGAUACGCUACGAACAUCUCGGUGCAGUCGACGACCUCAAAAGCGCCGUUGAAAUGCAAGAACACGCAGUCGAGCUUCUUCCACUCGACCAUCCCGACCUGCCCGGGCAUCUCGACAGCCUCGGCUCUUCAUAUUGGCUCCGUUUCAGUCGGUUCGGAGAGGUCGAAGAUCUCGAGCGCGCUAUUGUAGGUCAACAUCGUUCCACUGAGUUGACUCCAGACAAUCAUCCCAGCAAAGCGACACGGCUGCACAACUUGGCGGCGUCCCUGCGCAGUCGCUUCGAGCGCCUCGAUGACCCUGCCGACCUCGAGCGUGCCAUCACGAUACAACGCCGUGUAGUCGAACUUACUCCGGGUGGUCAUUGCAACCUGCCAGGGAGACUUUGCGCUCUCAGCUCCUUGCUGUGGCUUCGUUUUGAGCGCCUCGGAGAGCUUGAGGAUCUCGAGAGCGCCGUUGCGGGUCAAGAUCGCGCGAACUCACUCACUUCGGACGAUCAGCCCGAUAAAGCCGUCCAUCUGAAUAACCUCGGCACGUAUUUCCGCCGUCGUUUCGAGCGUCUCGGCGACCCCAAUGACCUGGUCCGCGCCAUCACAGUACAACAUCGCACAAUGGAACUCGCACCGGAUGGCCAUCUCGACCUGCCAGCGAUGUUCGACAACCUCGGUUCUUUGCACUGGCUUCGAUUUGAUCGUUCCGGGGAAGUCGAGGAUCUCGAGCGCGCGAUCGCAAGUCAACGUCGUGCAACCGAGUUGACUCCUGAUGACCAUCCCAAUAUGGUCAACUGGUUGAGCAACCUCGGGUUGUCCUUGAGGCGUCGCUUCCAACAUCUUGGAACGACGGAGGACCUCGAGCACGCUAUAACAAUACAACGUCGCGCGGUUGCGCUGACUCCGGAUGGGCAUCCCAACCUGCCAGGGACGCUUGACAAUCUCGGCUCCUUAUACUGGCUUCGGUUUGAACGCGGUGCAGAGCUUGAAGAUCUCAAGAACGCCAUCGCGGAGCAGAAGCGAGCGGUGAGGCUCACUGCGGACGAUCACCCCAACAAGGCUAUUCGCCUGCACAACUUGGCGUUAUCUCUAAUGGAUCACUUUCGUCGAGAGAGAACAGUGGACAAUUUUGCCGAAUCCCUGUCAUGUUACAUGGCUGCCAGCUCGCAUUCGUUGCUUGCGCCGCCAGCCCGCCUUCAAACAGCGCAAUACGCCGUACACUUCUUACGCCAGAAUCCGGAGUUCAGUACACCUGAAGAUCUGAUCACCGCACACUCACGCGUUCUUGACGUCAUCCCCGAGGUUGUAUGGCUUGGACACAGUAUGAGCCGUCGCCUGGAGGAAGCUGAGUGA